CAGAAAGAGACGGGGCUUCAGUCUCACCUGCACCUGCCAGAAAACACACUGAGGACACUCGUCACAGACAGAAACACUGAUCGACAGACAGACUGACAGACAGAUCGACAGAGAUGGGUGACUGGUUGGCAAGAAAAAUAGGAGACAUGGUGGAGGACAAGGUGAGGGGCGCUCUGGGUAUGGAAGAAAAGGACGAGGACAAGGAGAAAGGGUUAUUCUCAAAGGUCUUCGGCAGAGACGACGAUGAAGACGACAAGAAAGGGAAGAGGGACAAAGACGACAAAGAGGAAGGGUUCUUCUCGAGGAUCUUUGACAGAGACAAUGAUGACGACAAGUGGAGACAGAUGCAGAAGGACAAAGACGACGAAGACAAAGGGUUCUUCUCAAAGGUCUUUGACAGAGACCAUGACGAUGAUGAUGACGAUGACAAGUGGAAAGAGAAGAAAAGCGGGUUUGCGGGUCUCUUCAGAGAACAGGGGGGACCAGGUGCUGCCGGAGGGGUCCCGGGAGAAAAUGUUGGAGGAGGUGAAGACGGUGGAGGAGUCAAAGGACAAAGUGUGGCAGUAAAUGAUGGAGAUUUGUUCAAUGACCUGAUGAACGUGGCUGAAGAAACGUGUAACGGGGACUAAACCACAUCCUGACCUCCAAGACAAAUGAAGAUUUCACCAAAGACUCUAAAAAUCUGUUUCAUUACAUUUAAUGCUCGUUACUCAGCUUCAACAUGCUGGCUUCACAAAGUCAGAGGCUGCAGUGACGUCUUCUGCCUGUUAGUUUACCCUGAAGUUCCAUUCACUCUGUACGCAGCGCAAAAUAUCUUCUGUUAAAAUACACUGCAUUUGCUUGUCAAUGCCUUAAAGGGAUAGUUCAACAUUCAUUCAUUCAUUUUCCCUAAGCUCUUAUCCUGUUGAGGGUCGGGGGGGUGGAUCCUAUCCCAGCUGACACUGGGUGAGAGGCAGGGUUCACUGGAUUUAUGACGGGGUCACCUUAGCUUUGCAUAAAGUGUAGGAACAGUCAGUCCAAAGUGAAUGAAUACAGCUACCAACACCCCCGAAGCUCACUGAUGAACAUCUUUGUUUAUCAGGACACGUACUUCAUCUCCUAAAGCUAAGCUAACCUCGUCAUGACUCCAGUUCUGUCCUUUAUAUUUACUUUCCUAACUUCACAAAAUGUUGAACUAUCCCUCAACUUAUAUCUAAAGUUGUGUGAGUUGAUCGUAGUGAGCGUACACUGACAGCUCAGCAUGCUACAUCACCCUCAAUAUUUCUUGAUUGAUUAACUUAACUGAUUUGUAUCAUGGGCAAAAACCUAAAACUGAAAACUGCCAGUAACUUGAUUUCUACAGGUUUUCCAUGUUGAUAUUAGAUGUUUAAAGUUCACAUGCUUUUUAAGCACACAUGAGGUUUACUUUGCCAAAUUUCGAGAUACUAAUGUAAAAUUUUGAAGUAAUGGGUUAAAAUUUUUUCAGGGACACUUUUGUUUCUAGUAAAUUACAUUAAAUGAAGUGAUUUAAUCAGAUCAACAAGUAAAUUUGAUGUAUAUUUUAAUUGUGGUAAUAAAUAAUGAAUAGUUUAUGUCAAAACGCA